AUGCACACAUACAAACCUACUCUUAACCUUCUGCAGAGGAAGCGCUGCCACAGACUGAACAGGAAGCACGAGGCAAGGGAACCCCUAUUAAAAUUCCUGGAAGAAGUGAAUCGCAAAAUGAAAGAGGACGCUAAUAUGAUGAAAAAAAAGUUAGAAGUAGUGGAUCUAAAAAUCCGAAAAGAAGAAAACGAAUUGGAGAAAAAAUGGGAAAAAAAAAAAACAACUCGAGGCCAAACUAGCCAAAAAACCAAAGGGCGUUGCUUUCCCUGGUGUAGGUCCAUACUGCAACAUAGACAAAAGGCGUUUGGAAACUAA